CCACAAGUUCAGGGAGGGUGAGGCUCUCACCACGUUGCUCACGGAGACGGAGACAUGGCGAGCGGCAGUAGCAGUGGCAGCGGCCUGCCCAGCGACCUUUUCCCCUUCGUCUACAGCUUCUUGCUGGAGAACAAAUUCGUGAAGGCGGCCGCGGAGUUCGUGAAGAAAGCCAAAGUGAAGGUGCCAGACCCUGAUGGGCCCAAGCUGUUGGAUGUGUACAAUGUGUGGGUCAAGUCACCCGAGUCGCGCAAGAGAAAGGCGCAGUCCGUUAUGACGGAGCAGCCGACUGCCAGCAAGCGACAACGCACUGCCGAUCCCUCCAGCUCGUCGGAGAGCUCCGACACAGAGGAUGAAAAACCAGCGACAGCCAGUGGUGCCAAAGAUGGAAAACCGAGCAAUGGUAUGGCUGUUAAGAAAGAAGCAGCACCUCUUGUCAAAGGUAACGGCGCGCCAAAGCAGAAAGACGUUUCAAGCAGCGACAGUUCGGACGACUCUGAAGACGAGAAGCCAGCAGCAAAGAAACAAGCAAAAUCUGGAGCCUAUAGCGCAGUGCCUCCUCCCUCUGUAUUAAACAAGUCUUCGAGUGCAACUCCGGCCUCCAAGGCACCACCACCCCCCGCCUCUUCUGCCAAGGGAAAGGCCUCUUCGUCCAGUUCGGAUAGUGACUCCGAUUCCAGCAGCUCCGAUGAUGAAAAGAAAAAUAAAUCUCCCACAGCUGGCGUGGCACCGGCCACCGCAGCAGUGAAAGUGACUCCGGCGAAGGCGGCGAAGAGCGAUUCGAGCUCUGACGAAGAAAGCGACGAGCCCGAUGAAAAAAAGAAAACCGUCAAAAAGGUGACCAAGAAAGCAAAAAAAACCCCAGCUAAAGCAAAAUGCCCUGAAAAAAAAGAUGUCGUUGCUAAGUCUCAGAAGAAAAAAGCUGCAGCAACUCCAGUAGCAAAAGCAUCGAAUGAAAACAAAAAAACGCCACAGAAAACAACAAAAACAAAACCCCAGAGCAGUAGUUCGGACAGCUCCAGCAGUGACGAAGAAGAUGAGAAGGCCAAAAAACCUGCAGCUGUUACAACCCCCAAACCUCCCCCAGCUAAGGCAGAGGUAGUGGGCCCUGCCAGUGCAGUCAAAGCCAGCAGCAGCGAUUCUUCUGAUAGCUCCAGUAGUGAUGAGGAGCCGAAAAAAAAGACCACAACCCCUGCCUCAACGCCGACUGUGAAAAAACCAGCAGCAAAAACUCCAGCUGCAGCAAAGACCGCACCUGCAGCGAAAAGCCCAGCAGCCAAGAAAGAGGGCAGCUCUGAUUCCGAUGAUAGUUCCGACAGUGACGAGGAGCCAAAGAAACCGGCCACUCCAGCAACAAAAGCGGUAGCUGUGAAAAACACGCCUUCAAAAGCAAAGACACCAGCAGCAACGAAGACACUACCUGCAGCAAAAAGUCCAGCCGCCAAGAAAGACAGCAGCUCUGAUUCCGACGAUAGUUCUGACAGUGACGAGGGGUCAAAGAAACCGGCCACUCCAGCAACAAAAGCGGUAGCUGUGAAAAACACGCCUUCAAAAGCACCAAAAACACCAGCAGCAUCGAAGACACCACCUGCAGCGAAAAGCCCAGCAGCCAAGAAAGACAGCAGCUCUGAUUCCGACGAUAGUUCCGACAGUGACGAGGAGCCAAAGAAACUGGCCACUCCAGCAACAAAAGCGGUAGCGGAGAAAAACACGCCUUCAAAAGCAGCAAAGACACCAGCAGUAGCAAAGACCGCACCUGCAGCGAAAAGCCCAGCAGCCAAGAAAGAGAGCAGCUCUGAUUCUGACGAUAGUUCCGACAGUGACGAGGCGCCAAAGAAACCGGCCACUCCGGCAACAAAAGCGGUAGCGGAGAAAAACACACCUUCAAACGCAGCAAAGAAACCAGCAGCAGCGACGACACCACCUGCAGCGAAAAGCCCAGCAGCCAAGAAAGAGAGCAGCUCCGAUUCUGACGAUAGUUCUGACAGUGAUGAGGAACCUAAGAAAGUGGCCACUCCAGCAACAAAAGCGGUAGCGGAGAAAAACAAUCCUUCAAAAGCAGCAAAGACACCAGCAGCAGUGAAGACACCACUUGCAGCGAAAAGCCCAGCAGCCAAGAAAGACAGCAGCUCUGAUUCCGACGAUAGUUCUGACAGUGAUGAGGAACCUAAGAAAGUGGCCACUCCAGCAACAAAAGCGGUAGCGGAGAAAAACACUCCUUCAAAAGCAGCAAAGACACCAGCAGCAGCGAAGGCACCACCUGCAGCAAAAAGUGCAGCAGCCAAGAAAGACAGCAGCUCCGAUUCCGACGACAGUUCUGACAGUGACGAGGAGCCAAAAAAGACGACUACACCAGGAUCAAAGGCAGAGAAGAAAGCUCCCGUGAAAAAGACUGCAAAGUCUGCGACGACUCCUGCAAAGAAAGGCAAGUUGAGUUCAAGCAGUGAAAAGAAGACCAAAAAAAAAGCUGCAACAACGCCAGCUGUUAACUCUGUAGUGGAGAAAAAAACUCCAAAAAAGAAUGCUGUGCAGACUCCUGCAGCUGACAAGAAAGACAGCAGUUCUGAUUCAGAUAGUUCUGAUGAUGAGGCAGAGCCAAAGAAAGUCACUCCUCCCACAGAACAAUCUAUCUCCGCUUCUGCAACAAAGCCAGCCAAAUCACCGGCUACAGCAAAGAAGCCAGUAACUGAGAAGAAGGAAAGCAGCUCAGAUUCCGACAGCUCUGACAGUGACGAAGAUGAAAAUAAAUCGAAGAAAGAGGUAAAACCUUCCAUGAAUACAUCGGUUUCGGCCCAGGCCACCCCAGCAAAGCCCAACGUGGCUCCUGCCAAGAAGCAAGAGAGCAGCUCGGACUCUGACAGCUCAAGCAGUGAGGACAAAAGUCCCGCAAAUAGCAAGUCGGCCGUAAAGGGUACCCCUGUUGCUACUCCUGUGGCGACGAAGCCAAAUGGGAAGUCUCCAGCCAGCAAGACCACCAAGGCGGAUGGCAGCAGCUCUGACAGCUCCUCUUCGUCGGAGGAUGAAGAUGACAAAGCAAAGGCUGCGGGAACUCCCAAGCCAGUCGCGGCAGAUAAUGCCAAGACUUUGUCGGGGAGUGUGAAUGGAAAAAGGAAACGAAAUAGCAUCUCUGCUUCAGAAGACGCAGAUGAAAAGAAUUUGUUGGAUGCGAUGUCUACCCCGUUAAAAAAGGAGAAGCUGAAGACACCACAGACCGUCCCCAAGGCUUCGAAAAAGCAGAAGGCAAAUGGCAACACUCCGUUCAGGCGUGUGAAUGACGACGACGUGGAGAUUGACCCACGUCUCAGCAACAACUCGUUUGACGCGAAGGCCGGUGCUAAAGGCGACUGGGGUGAGAAGGCAUUUCAUGACCUCAAAGUGACCAAGGGCAAGUCCUUUAAACACGAGAAGACAAAGAAGAAGCGAGGCAGCUACAGGGGAGGGCAAAUCAACAUGACUGCCGUCAACUCUGUCAAAUUUGACAGCGAAUAAAUCGGCGUGCGCAGAGAUUUCAGGAGAAACUGCAAAUGUGAUGUCGCUCCAUUAAUCCUGCGCAUUCCUUGUUUUUAACCCCCAGUCUCGGAGUCUAUUUCCUAAUUUCAGAAUAGUGUGCAUUAAUUAAACAUGCUUCUAUUUGAAUGGGAGGAAUACCUAAACGUUUAAAAUUUUACUUUUGGGAGGUAGAACUAAAGUUUGAGAAACCCUGCUGUCAUUUUUCUGAAAAGUAAUGUUACAUUUUCCUUAAAUGAAUGUGGUGGUUUUAUUUAAUUUUUACAGUAGUGGUCAACUGCCUUAAAUAAUUAUGUUUUUUUGGAAGUUUAGUCUUGUUAUUCAGAGAAUUAAUUUGUUUCCAAUGUGUAUUUUUUUGAAAUGUUAGCAGAAUCAGUCACAGCAAGUUCAUGUAUUGGUUUCUUAAAAUAAAUAUUUGACAAAAUA